GGCUGGCCCACGCUCCGCGCAGACCGUUGCCAAGAUGGUCCAGUGGUGGCGCACAUGUCUUUCACAGCUGCCUGCUCGUCGCCUACCAUUGUUCUACGCCGACGUCAACGAUGGCCUGGGCUGCCGCAAGAUCGACGGCGACUGUACACAGUACGCGAUUAGUGCCAUCGGCAGGGUACGCACACGCGAGCGACGCCGACAGGGUGCUGGAAAGGCAGUGGGCGACCUUCUUGUUCAGCAGCACCUCCUGGCGGCCAACACGCUGGGCAGGUACGAGGCUACCUUUGUUGGCAGCGGACCUGAGGGCCCAAGCAGUCUCAUCGAUUUCGUCUUUCUUCCGCAGGGCUGGGCGCCCCACACCGUCAAGUGCCACACGUUGCACAGGGUGGGCGCCCAGCUCCAGGACCAACCUGCUGCACUCAACUGGGACAUGACGGCCCUCAUGGCAGCGGUCAAGCAGGACGACCAGCGCAUUGACUUCGUGAACGGCGUCGCCCAGUGGAUGGACG